AUGGGUAAAGACAAUAGAUGUUUCAGAGAGGUUUGGUUUAAAGACCGUGAUUGGUUGGAGUAUAGUGUUUCAAAGGAUGCAGCCUUUUGUUUCUGGUGUUAUCUUUUUAGACCUAGUAAUAUAGGGUUUGGAGGAGAUGAUGUGUUUACGAGAUCUGGUUUCAUAAAUUGGAAAAAAGCAAUUGAAAAAUUCAAUGAGCUUGUAGGUGGAGUUGGUAGUGCGCACAAUGAGGCAAGAAUACAGUUUGAGGGUUUCAAGAAUCAAAGACAAAGUGUGGAGUAUUCAUUUUCAUCAGGGAAACAUGAGCUUGAAGUUUCUUAUCGCAAACGCUUGACUUUCAUUUUAAAAGUAAUUCGAUUUUUGUUGUUACAAGGAUUGCCUUUUCGGGGACAUGAUGAGUCUUCGACAUCAUCCAAUAGAGGAAAUUUUAUAGAAUUGCUCAAAUGGUAUAGCUCAGAGUGUCCAGAAGUUGCGGCAGUUGUUGGAAUGAAUGCACCUGGAAAUAAUCAAAUGAUUGCCCCAAAAAUUCAGAAGCAAUUGGUGAAUGCUUGUGCAGUUGAGACCACAUAUGCUAUUCUAGCUGAUCUUGGAGAUAUGUGGUUCACUUUACUACUUGAUGAGGCUUGUGAUUGUUCAGUGAAAGAGCAAAUGACAGUUGUUAUUAGAUAUGUGAACAAAUAUGGAGAGGUGAUUGAACGAUUUAUGGUCGUAGUUCAUGUUGCAACAACUACAACUACUUGUUUGAAGGAGGCAAUCGACUCUUUAUUUGCUAAGUAUGGUUUGUCAGUGGCGAGAUUGAGGGGUCAGGGAUAUGAUGGUGCUUCAAAUAUGUCUGGAGAAUUUAAUGGCUUAAAGUCACUAAUAAUGAAAGAAAAUCCGUAUGCAUUGGCCGACAAAUUUCGACAACUUGAACAUGACAGAAAAGUUAAACUUCUUGAAAGAGGAGAGAUUAGUUCUGGUAGAGGACUAAACCAAGAAACUAGUCUAGCUAGACCUGGAGAUACACGAUGGGGGUCUCAUCAUUCAACUUUAUGUCGUAUUGAACAAAUGUGGCCAUCUGUUAUAGAGGUUAUCGAUAUUAUUCUACAGGAGAUGGAUAGUCGUUUCUCUGAAACAACUACAGAUUUGUUGAUUUAUAUGUCAUGCCUUGAUCCUAGGAACUCGUUCUCUAGAUUUGAUGUACAGAAGUUAGUGCGUCUGGCUCAUUUUUAUGAGGAUGAUUUUUCUUGGAAUGAGCAUAUGUUGGUUGAACAAGAGCUUGAAACAUAUAUUGAUGACGUCAUAUCAGAUGAACGGUUUGAAGGCAUUUCAGAUUUAGGAGCUCUUGCAAAGAAAAUGAUUGAAACAAUGAAGAAUCGUGUGUUUCCUUUGGUUUAUCGGAUGAUUGAGCUAGCCUUACUUCUUCCAGUUGCUACUGCAACCGUUGAAAGAGUGUUUUCGGCAAUGAAUAUUGUCAAAACAGAUUUGCGAAAUAGGAUUGGAGAUGAAUGGAUGAAUGAUAGUUUAGUAGUCUAUAUCGAGAAAGAUGUUUUUAAUACUGUCGACAAUGAGCCAAUUUUAUAG